AUGGUGCACAUAUUCUGCCUAUCGCGGCGGCAGCGAAGAGCAGGACUUCCUUUGCUCUUUGGCAUGCUCUACCGGCACAGCCUGCCACGAUGGGGUGCUGUCAGCUCAGUGCCAGGCUGCCGGUCAGCUAUGAUGGCGCCGAGCAGACCCGGCAACUGUGCUGUCCAUGCGAGCCAGAGACAUCCUGCAGGUGAAACAGCACAUGUCCUCUCCAUUGCUAGCGAGUACCGACAAGAGGCAGUCAUCCUGCAGCGAUCUGCUCGACUCCUGGGAUACAGGUUUCAAUUCUGCGGCUUCCGGGAACGCUGGGUCGGCUGGGGGACGAAGCUGGUUCAGUAUCGGAAGGCGCUGGAGAAAGGCUUGGCAGGAGGACGGAUUGCAGCGACGGAUCCUGUGCUGUUGAUCGACGGCUGGGAUUGUAUGCUGAUCGGACCCGCUUCUGAGUUCAUUCAGAAAAUGUCAUCGCCUCCCUUCAGUGAGGGUCACCAGCCAUGGUAUGCAGGUGAGAGAAUAUGCGGACCUGAUUUUUUCAAGGCGAACCGCAUUGACGCAGUCUAUCCUGACCCCGGGACACCAUGGCGUUAUCCGAACGCAGGCUGCAUGGCAGGCAGAGCAGAGCCAGUGCUCGAGCUCAUCAAGGAACUGCUGAAGCCUUCAGGCGAUAAAGACACCUUCCCGGAAGAUGGAGAUGAUCAGGGAAGGUUGCAUGAACAUCUCCUGGAGCGAGGUGAAAGUGGACAAAGUCUCCCCUACUUCGUGGACUCCGAGUGUCGCAUCUUCCAAUGUCUUUACGAGGCAGAGCCACAGUGGCAGCUUGAAGCGGCGAAAGAAGGACAGCGGCUCCCGCGACUGCGGAACACCCAAACUGGUCAGCAGCCGAUCGUGCUCCAUGGCAAUGGGCACACAGGUCGCUGGUUCAUGUCUGGGCUGUGGCGUGAAAUGGGCCUACUGCAGAAGGUUGGCCUCACGGUCGAGGAGCUUCGCCAUCUUCCGCACGAUGGGCCUGUGCCUCCUGGCACUGUUCCGGACGAGGUCCAUGCAAUGUUACAUGCAGUAAAGUUUCGCAUGACAAACACUGAGCUGAAGCUCAAGCGAGAGCGCAUGAUGGAUGCGUUCAAGGCAGGAAAGGCUGCUUUGGAGGACUUGCGACUGCCCUACUUCCUCGCCUACGGAUCUGCUCUGGCUGCCUUGCGCGAGGGCCAGUUCCAGCCGUAUGAAGAUGACAUUCAUGUGGGUAUCUAUUCUUGGGAUCUUGCAGCACUGCAGCGCCAGUGCACAGAAUGUACAGCCAAGGAGCGUGACAGCUUGCUGAAAUCAACGUUUGACAGGUUUGGGUUCGAGCCUGUACAAGAAAUCGUCGACAACCCGCUGCAGGCAUCAGCUGGCAAUAAUGUUCAGCAGAACCAGGCGGUGGUCGUUUGUCCGAGAUACUACAUCGCUGAGGGCUGGUCCGAUGACAUGGCCUUCCCCAUCUUGUACAAGUUUACGCACCGGGAAAGCUUCGUUCGUUUUGACAUGAUGGUCUUUACGAUGCAGUUUGGGCAGCUCUGGGACUUUGCGGAUGGUGGCGCGGAGACCUCAUCAGGUUGGCGCUACAGUUUGUUUGCGCCACAGCCCGUGGAGUUCGAAAAGGUCAUGACGUACACCAUGCCUGCCAAGCCACUGGAAGACCACUACGGGCCCGAUUGGCACGUUCCCAGGGUCUACAACUACAUUCAGAGCCUGUCAUGCUGUAAGAACCGCUGCCAAGUCCUCAGGGUCCAUCCCUUCGAUGCCCGCAUGAGACGAGUGGAGCUCCCGCCGGCGCAGCCUUGGGAGGAGUUCAAGUCCUCUGUUCGACACUUUCGCAUGCUCUAUGCGAAGGCAAUGGCGGACUCCGAGCACGAGUUCCCAGAGCAGAAGCUCGAUCUGUACAAGUUGGAGUCGAAGCCAGUGGUGCUUUUUCAGGCUGCCAGCAUGUGCAAAGAGGAGGGUAACGUGCGCUUAAAAAACGGGAAGCACCGGGGCGCACUAGACAAGUAUGACGAAGGAAUUUACAUCAUCGACAAGUGCAGAGAGGUCCUAUUGACAUGGCGCCUGAUCUUCCGCCAGAUUCAUAACGAGAAAGCAGACAAGGACAGAAAAGACAGAGGUCUCAAAGUUGCUGACCUUGUUGAACCCGACAUGCCUCGUGAGUUUCGCUCGGAUGAGGACGAGGAAAGGUCUCUGCGUCUUGCACUGCUCCUCAAUGCAGCGCAAGCUGCCCUGCAGUGUCAGGAAUGGACCGCUGCUGAAGCUCGAGCAUCUGCCGCUUUGGAACUAGAGCAUCAAAAUAAGAAAGCUCUGUACCGACGCGGGCUUGCGCGAGCAUCUUCUGGAGAUGUAGAGGGAGCUAAGCUCGACUUCUGGGCCCUGUUGAAAGCAUCCAGCUUCGACAGCAAAGAAGCUAUCAACCAGCUACAGAAGCUCCUCCCUGAUGAUGUGAUCAAAGCUGAGUUUCAGAAAAUGCGGAAACAAGCGGCUAAAGAGCAGAAAGUUGGCGCUCUCCUCACGGAGCUUGAUGAAGACGAGAGGAUUGCAGUUCAAGACGAAAGCAGCAUGACUAAAUCAGAGGUUAGUACUGCUGACUGUGUCGACCUGCAUAUGGAUACAACACACAGACGGUGUUAA